AUGGACGGUCACCAAUUCAGAGAUUUGCCGCAGAUAGAAGCUAUGGACGAUGCUCGUUAUCCUAUGUGGGCGAUAGAGCAUAUGAACUAUAUACAGCCAUGCAAAGAGCGUAUAGUGCAUUUCUGUACUGCAGACGACUCCUAUCUGGAUGACUACGACAAUGGCGUUGUCAGCAUGCAACCUAUGCAGCGGUUCAUGAUUGAUCAGAACCCACUUACGCCAGGCAUGCUUUACGCAAAGAUACCAUUUCUAGACAGCCAAUACGAGAGACCCUACGAGCAGCAUUGGCCUUCGGCAGACUUCUUUCGUCAUGCGUCACCGGAUCGUUCUUCUUCUGGAAAUACUAGCCAAAACACCCAAGACGAGCUCCGGUCACCACACAUGCGCCAUAGCAUCCCGUAUGGAAGCCCGAUGGAAUACUCGCAGCUAUCGUUGUCAUACCCACAAGCCGAGUAUCUUCAGGGAGGUGUAUACCCAUGCGAGUCUCAUGUCGUGGAGCGCGGCAAUAUCAGCCUUCGUGAGCUUGAGUAUGACCCUGCAGUGCCUGAGGCAGUGGCCGAAGAUGUUGAGGACGUUACUAUGAAACAAGAGACUACCUGCGACCACCAUCAUACUGCCGUCAAGGAAGAGGCUGCUCCGGAUUACAGGACGUACGCAGACUCGGGUAUCGGCCACUCGGUGCGGGAUGCACAAUCAGUGGAGCCCGUUGACUUUCCUGAAGAGCCCGCCUCUGACUCUGACUACAGUCCGUCUUCCAGCCGCAAACGUAGACGGUCUACCACAUCGAACAGUAGCUCAAGUAGAACACUGAAGCGACGCAAACCCAUCCGCAAAGACUCUGUUGUCCCAAGCCCUACAGAAUCUGUCAAGUUGGAGAGGAAACCUCGUCGAGCCUCUAAGACUUCGAAGGCUAGCACUGAAUCAAGCAUACAGGCUGAAGACCGCCGCGCAUUCCCUUGUCCGCUCGCUGCGUAUGGCUGUACGUCUAAUUUCUCCUCAAAGAACGAGUGGAAGAGGCACGUCAGCACCCAACACAUCAAGCUCGGCUACUGGCGUUGCGAUCUAUGCCCGCCAUCGACUGAUUCCAACGACGCGCACACUUUAUACUACAACGACUUCAACCGUAAAGACCUUUUCACACAACAUCUCCGCCGUAUGCACGCUGCUCCGAAAGACAAAUCCAGUCGUACUCAGAAAGACUACCCUGUCUCCGAAGAGAAUCUUCCCAAACACCAGGCUCGCUGUAACUUACAAUUACGAGAUCCACCGCAGCACUCGACUUGCCUAUUCUGCGAGCGAAUAUUCGUUGGUGCUACAUCUUGGGAUGAGCGCAUGGAGCACGUUGGGCGUCAUCUUGAGAAGGACGGAAGCCGCUUAGAAAUGCUCGACCCGGCUACAUGGAAUGUGGACGAGAAACUAGAGCGAUAUCUUAUCGAUGAAGGUCUCAUCGUGAGAGAUGGCGCAGCAUGGAAGAUUGGUGAUGGCAAGCCACGCAAAAGCGUACUAUCAGAUAGCGACGCAGACUCCGAAGAGGACUAA